AUGUUGUGUGUGCCAGUUAGAAGUAUAUUGGCUUUCCAGUCUAGAACAGUUUGUUGUGUAGCUAUAAAAUCUCAUGGCUUAAUAUAUCCAAACAAUACAAACUUCACAAUUACUAAACGUCAUGCUGUCACUGACUUCAUUGGUAUUAAUACUAAAAGUAAAAUUUCUGAAUUUAUCAACAGAUUUCAAAUAAUGAAUCCAUUAAAUAAGUCUAAAUACGAAGCAAAUAGUUGGAUUUUAUAUGAAAAAUUGGUUGAUCAAAUUCCUUUUGAUCAAAUCAUAAAAAAACUUGACUUACCAGAUACAUUUAAUUCUUGGUUUAUUAUAACAGAACUACACUUAUGGAUGAUAUUUGUUCGUUUUAUGAAUGAAGGUACCCAAGGCACAAUGAUUAGAAAUUUUAUCAUGGAAGCAUUAUGGAAUGAUGUUGAGUUUCGUUCAAAAAAAUUAGCUACUGUAAGUGCAGAUGUUCGGCAUCGUCAAAUAAAGGAAUUAAGUGAUCAAUUACGAGGAGCAUUAGUAGGUUAUGAUGAAGGAUGGCUCAGUAAUGAUAUGGUCUUAGCCAGCAUGGUAUGGCGUAGAAUAUUCAAUAAAGAAUGUAAUGACCCAGAAAAAAUUGAAUUAGUAGUGAAGUAUAUUAGGAAGCAGAUGUCCAUUCUUCAAUUGCAAACAUUUGAUAGUUUAUUUACAAAAAAAGAUGUCAAAUGGAUAAAAUUUGUAUAG